AUGCGAUAUCUCUGCCUCGGCGUCGCCGUCACUCUCCUUAUCUUUAUCUUUUCGCUGGUCAGAAUGAGCUACGUCGCGGAACAGGAGGUGCAAGAGGCGAUUGAACAAGAAAAGAUCAAGCCGAGACCUGCUCCUUGGGAAGAAUUCCCCUUUCUGCAAAGAUAUUACGGCGGAAUCCGAUCGUUGGUUCCAGUCGCGAGCAACGUGCCUGAAUACCCCAGGAAAGAGGACGAGGUGGAAUGGGAGAAAUUGAACAUCACUGAGGAGGCGGUCGAGGAUCUGCCGGCAGAGGAAGCCCCGACGGGGAAGGAGAGGAGAAAGAGAGCGAUUCCAUCGAGCAAGAGAUUCGACCCAUAUCCCAGUUACUCUUCACCAGAAUACAUUGCCAAAUACGGUGACAAGGUAGAUUGUUACCUGGAUGCCGACAACACCAUCGAGAUACCGCGUGUGCGCAUCUACGAGGGCAUCCCACGAGAGUUUCCGGAUAUGGUCAUGGGUUCGGCCAAGCUCCUUGGACUCAGGGACGACAUCUGCUACGAUCGAUUUGGUCGGCUAGGUCCGUACGGCCUUGGAUACAGCAUCAACCGAGGCGGGAGCGGUGCCCAACAGGAAGGAGAAAGAGAGGGAGCUGAUUUAGUGUGGCAGGAAGCGCCCGAGGUGGAUUGGAGAACCGUUCAAUGGGCCGACGCUCAGCAACGAUGUGUUCUGGCAAACAAUCACCGCUUCAAGGAACUCCCGGAGAAGCCGCGAAUCGACACGUUUCGAGUGAUGCCCGUCGGCACAGUCUACAACAAGAGAGAUGAGGUGGCUGACGUCGAGGCAAUGCCGCCAAAGCCGAGUGACGUGCCGAAGAAACCCAAGUCCGGAUCAGAAAGACUUCCUCGUACAGCGGUCGUGAUCCGUACCUGGUGGGACUAUCCAUACACACCCGAAGACAAGAUCUACCUCCGAUCCCUCAUCUCAGAACUGAAUAUGCUAAGCGGUGGAGAGUACGUGGUGCAUUUCCUGGUCCAAGUCAAAUCCAAUGACGUGCCUAUCUUUUCUGACGAUGAGACCUACGAGCGCGUUCUUCGAGACUCGCUGCCCGAAGAAUUCCGUGGCAUGGGCACUCUUUGGACUGAGAAGCAAAUGGAGCUCAUGUACGGUGGUCUGGAGGAGACAAACAUGCGCGGCUUGCCUGUUCACGGUGUGUACCGCAGCACCUUUAUGCCAAUGCAGUACUUUGCCUAUCAACAUCCCGAGUACGAUUUCUUCUGGAAUUGGGAGAUGGACAUUCGAACUACACACCACUGGUACCAUUUCUUCGACAGUGUCACGAAAUGGGCCAAACAACAACCCCGCAAACUUCUCUGGGAGAGAAACAGCCGGUUCUAUGUCCCAUCGGAACACGGUGAAUGGGAAGACUUUAACCAAAUGGUUCGCAUCCAGACGGAACAUGGCACAAACAGCGUCGCCAACCUGUGGAGCAGCCUGAACCACGCCAACAAGGAUCCCAAUGACCCGAGCUCUAAGCACAGUCCUGCAGGAGCAAUGAAACAACAAGGAGACAAACCAAUCUGGGGUCCUGAACGACCGCUCGAUGAUGAUGUCGCCAUGGAAACUGACCCAACUCCACCGACCUCCUUUGACAAGGAUAAAUACACGUGGGGCGUCGGCGAAGACGCAGACCUGAUCGUGUUCAACCCACUGUUCGAUCCCGACGGCACGACAUGGCUUCUUACGGACGAUACCACGGGUUAUAAUAUCACGCGUGGCCGACCCCCACGGCGUACUGCCAUUAUUACAGCAUCUCGUCUCUCGCGUCGAUUGCUGUUGACCAUGCACAAGGAAACGGCGCUGAAGAAACACACCAUGUUCUCGGAGAUGUGGCCCGCCUCAUGUGCGUUGCAGCACGGCUUGAAAGCAGUCUACGUGCCUCAUCCAGAGUAUGUCGACCGCAAAUGGCCCACCAACUACCUCGCUUCGGUCUUCAACGGAGGCCGCAACGGUGCGACAGGUGGCGCCCGCACUUCGGUAUUUGGCGAGCGCGAACACAACUUCCGAGGGACGACGUGGUACUACAAUGCCGGCUUUCCGGAAGUGCUCUGGCAUCGAUGGUUGGGCAUGAAGUUCCACAACGACGGCGGGGAACAGUUCGAGCUCGCAGGCGAGGGCAGGAUGUGUCUGCCGGGAAUGCUAUUGCACCCGGUCAAGAGGGUCGACCUGGUACAGGAAGGGAGGAGGGCCGAUCAAGCCGGAUAG